AUGGCAGCAGCCUCCUCCUCCUCCUCCGUUUCCAGCUCGACCACGAAGCUCCGGAGCCCAUUCUCCACCCCGAACCUCCUCCUCUCCGUCCUCAACUUCACCCUCCUCCUCCUCGCCGCAGCCUCCAUCCCGCCGGUCAUCCUCCUCCGAACCCCGCCGACCUCCAUGGGGAUGGCCUUCCUCGCCGUCUCGGGCAUCACCGUCCUCUCCUCGCUCGUCGGGUUCUACUCCCAGCUCAACCACCUCUGCUUCGUCACCCACUUGUCCCUCCUCCUGGCCUCCCUCUCCGCCCAGGUCCUCUCCGUGCUGGCGCUCUUCUCCAAGGAGGAAUCGAGCCUCGAGCUGCUGCGGCCCGCGAGGAACGACCCCAGGGAGGCGAAGCUGCUGGUGAGGCUGGAGUGCGGGGUGAUGGUGGCGAUGGCGGUGGUCCAGGCCGCCGUGCUGGUGCUGGGAUGUGCGGUGCACCACUGCUGGGUGAGGGAGUACGCAGGGCUCGAGGCCGAGCGCGACGCGACGGCGAGGAAGCGGAGUAGUAGACGGCGGCGGAUGGCGAGGGUGGUGCAGGAGGAGGAAUCGGCGGCGGAAUUGGAGGAGGUGAAGGUUGUGGAGUUGGACGAGAAGUUGCAGCAGGGCAAGUACGGAAAGUCGAUGGAUUCUGGGUCUUUCCAGACCAAGAAGAGGGAAGAGCUUUCGUUACACAUACAUCACCCCGCAGCUUUUGAUCCAAAAUGGGAUACGCCCAGGCAACCUGAUCUGCGCUUUGACCGCCUUCAGAUACCCGAACAGGAUUUGAAGGAGCUUAACAAGCUGGAGUUUGGGCAAUUCGUCGCUAGAGAGGCUUUAAUUGAUGAAGAAUACUGGACAGCAGCCUGGCUGAGAGCAGAAAGUCUCUGGGAGAAUCGAGACAAAGACAGGUGCGGUAAAUCCAGCUGAACUGCUUUUACUAGUUCCCAAUAUUCUGUAUUGCUAUGAACCUCUUUCUUUAUUCUUGUCCUUGCUAAAUAAGGACCUCGAAAUUCUCCUUGCUGGUUCAAAUUGAUCACCUUUCACAUAAAAACUUGAUUGUAGUGCAGUAUAUUUGAAUGCAUUAUAAUGAUUCGUUGACAAGAUUAAGUCUUGGAUCAAGAUUAGGAUUUUAGCCCAGUAAUCACUAAUCAGACGCUAAUGGUUUUGGUUGGCCUAUAUCUGAUGAACAUAGAUAUGCUGAUAGUCUGAAGAAGAAAUAUGCAGAUCAGGAGUUCCAUGCCAUAAGAAGGCGACUCAUUGGUCCAUAUGGCCAAAAGUCUAAGUGCAUAAUUACACUGAGAAAGCAAGAUGAGAAGGUGAAACGCACAGUACUGAAGAGUGUGGUUGGGACUCUGGAUUUAAGCAUUCGCAGUUUGCUGCCUGGAGAGAUCUUCCCUGGGGUAUAUGGAAAGGCUCCUCACUUCUGCAACAUCGACGGAGGAGGGGAAGACAGAUACAGCUACGUCUCCAACUUGGUGGUCUCAUUGUCUGCUCGCCGCCAGGGGAUAGCAACUAAUAUGAUGCAGUUCGUAGUUGAAACGGCGAAGUCUAGUGGUGUGGAACAUUUGUAUGUUCAUGUUGAUAGAAACAACAAACUAGCACAGCAGUUGUACGACAAGAUGGGAUUCAAGAUGAUUGAAGAGGCAAGUGAUGGAUUGGUAGAAGACAACACAUUCCUCCUACGUUGCAGAUUGUAAAGAUACGGGAAAUGAGUUUUCUGUACAGAUAGCAGUGAAUAGGACAGUUGAUUACUACUUUUGACAGGAAUUUUAUUUGAUAAUGUGUAGCCUUAGAUUUGGCAAUUGAGAACCAACCUCUGCGCAAGCAUUUAUCGAGAGGGAAAGCAUUACAAUAUGGUGUAUCGAUCCAUUACAGUUCGAGAACAGCAUUUCGUACAUAAACCUGAUUGUUCAUUCCUUGCUGCCAGCGACUACUGCAGCUCUGUAUAAAUACAUGCUUUCUCAUUCUAUUGAUUCAUAACUCCAGUUAUUGCUAUUUGUAACGCAAAACAAUGUUUCUGGGCGGCCUUCAAAAUUGGCGUUUCCUUCAGUAAGGU